ACACAGUCGGUGGGCGUGGCUCCAGGCUUGUGCAACAUACUCCCGCUACGUCACUGCAGUUAUCAAAUGUCAGCUGAAGUUUCUUUAAUUUGCAAGAAGGAUUGUCUCCAGAGGAGCAGGACGCGGAGCACCGUUUGAUUCUUGAAGGAUAAACCAGGUCAGGAGUGUCUCAUAUGGACGCAGUGAUUCGUCGGUGCCCUUUCCUGACUGUCGUGCCCAGCGUCUGCCUGCAGCUGGCUGGGAAGUCAUCGCUCCUCAGCUAUGCCCAAAGAUGCCCCGUGAUGAUGGACCUGGCCUCCAGGGCUCCGGCCAGAGCUCUGUCCUCUUCAGCCUCUGCGUUCAAAGACAGGCCCCCAAAUGACGAUCAGAAGCAUGUGGUCAGGUUGCCUCCAGGCCACGCAACACCACCUGCUGGCCAGGCUGUAGGCACCAAAUGCCCCUUCCUGGCUGCGGAGAUGGUGCAGAACAACAACAGGGUAGUAAGAGAGGCCAGCAUGGAGCUGCAGGAGGACGUCCAGGAGAUGCGCUCUGUCCACACAGGCAAAGCAGGAGCAGAUUUAUCAGUCACGGAUCUUAUUGAGGCAGAGAAGGUGAACAAGAAAGCACCGAAAAAGCUUUUUAAACCUGAAUCUUCCAAAGUGUCUCACCUGCUCAAGGAUCACCUCUCUGGCUCUGUCACCUUCCAGUACGACAGGUUCUUUGAAAAGAAGAUUGAAAGCAAGAAGACAGAUCACACAUACAGGGUUUUUAAGACCGUGAACCGACGUGCCCGUACAUUCCCCAUGGCAGACGACUACUCAGAGUCCUUCCACUCCAAAAGAGACGUGUCUGUGUGGUGCAGCAACGACUACCUCGGCAUGAGCCGUCACCCUAAAGUCACCCAGGCUAUCGCGGAUACCUUACGAAAGCACGGUGCUGGCGCUGGAGGAACGCGGAACAUUUCAGGGACGAGCAAAUUCCAUGUUGAACUUGAAUAUGAGCUGGCUGACCUGCACGAUAAGGAUGCUGCACUGCUGUUCACCUCCUGCUUCGUGGCCAACGACUCCACACUGUUUACUCUGGCAAAGAUGCUACCAGGCUGUGAAAUCUACUCUGACGCUGGUAAUCACGCUUCAAUGAUCCAAGGUAUUAGAAACAGUGGGGUCAAGAAGUUUAUCUUCCGCCACAAUGACGUCAGCCACCUUCAAGAGCUGCUGGAGAAGUCAAACCCUUCCACUCCAAAGAUUGUUGCCUUUGAAACAGUGCAUUCAAUGGAUGGAGCUGUGUGCCCACUGGAAGAGAUGUGUGAUAUUGCCCACAAGUUUGGUGCCAUUACAUUUGUGGAUGAAGUCCACGCCGUGGGCUUGUAUGGGCCCAGAGGAGGAGGCAUCGGAGACAGAGACAGAGUCAUGCACAAGAUGGACAUCAUCUCUGGGACCCUUGGCAAGGCAUUUGGCUGUGUGGGCGGCUACAUCGCCAGCACCAGCGCCCUGGUGGACACAGUGCGCUCCUACGCUGCAGGCUUCAUCUUCACCACUUCGCUGCCCCCCAUGCUGCUGGCAGGGGCGAAGGAGUCCAUCAAGGUCCUGAAAAGUGAGGAAGGCCGGGUGCUCCGGAGGAAACAUCAGAGGAGCGUCAAGCUGCUCCGACAGAUGCUGAUGGACUCGGGCCUGCCUGUGGUUCACUGCCCAAGCCACAUUAUCCCUGUGCGGGUGGCAGAUGCAGAGAAGAACAGUGAGAUCUGUGACAUCAUGAUGUCUCGCUACAAAAUCUACGUCCAGGCAAUCAACUACCCCACGGUGGCUAAAGGAGAGGAGCUGCUGCGUAUCGCCCCCACACCACACCACACGCCCCAGAUGAUGUUCUACUUUGUCGACCGGCUGGUGAAGACGUGGAAGGAGGCGGGUUUGGAGCUGAGGCAGCACUCCUCAGCCGAGUGUGACUUCUGCCAGCAGCCUCUUCACUUUGAGCUGAUGAGCGAGAGGGAGAAAUCCUACUUCACAGGCCUCAGUCACAUAUCAGCAGUAGCCUGAUCUCACAUAAAGACACUAAAUCCUCCUAUUUCAAAAGCUAUUUAUUAUAUUUAAAUAUUUAAUGUAUCAUUGUGAUUAUAAUACACAUUAUAUAUACAAUGUUGUAUGUCACCAGUGAAUGUGUGGGUAAAGUGUUGAAAUAAAUGAAGUGGUGAACCAACGCA